GAUGUAUUACCGCACGAGCAUAUUAUAGCAUCGCUUGUCAUAUCAGUUUUAAAUUUUGACGGUUAGUGAGUGGUGACUUUAAAUAUUUUCAAAUCUAACGAACGGCAACCAAUUGAUGAAUGUGGGCUUCGGAUUCUCAUAAGUCAUAAUUUUAACGAAAAGUACUUUUUAGUAUCUAAAUGGAAGAAAGUUAAACAGUAUAUUAUAAGUGUUUCUAAAGUUUUUAAUAACUUAAAUGUGUGUGACUUGUGAGUGAUAUAAAGAUGGUGGGACUGCAAAAAGGCCCUGGCUUGGGCGCGAAAAAGGGUUCGGGAGCUGCUCCCUCGAAAACCGGGUCCACACAAAACAUGUCUUCUACUAUUAAAGUAGUGGUGAGGGUUCGUCCCUUAAAUAUGAAAGAAAUGCAGUCGAACAAUCGUAUUGUUGUAGACGUUGUUGAUGACAAAAUGUUAGUGUUUGACCCGAAGGAAGAAACCAGACCUUUCUUUUAUCAGGGAGUCCAGCAGCCUAACAAGAACUAUCUGAAACGUGCUAACAAAGAGUUAAAGUUUGUCUUCGAUGAUGUUUGUGGUCAGGAAGCCUCAAAUCAAGAUGUAUUUGAAACCACAACAAAGGAUAUUAUUUCAUCUCUAAUGGAGGGGUAUAAUUGUUCAGUCUUUGCAUAUGGAGCGACUGGGGCUGGGAAAACGUUUACUAUGAUUGGAACUCUAGAGAAUCCUGGUAUUACUUAUUUAACAAUGGAGCACUUAUUUUACACAAUUGAUUCAUUCGAAAAGGAUAGAGAUUUUGAUAUUGGCGUGUCAUAUAUUGAGGUUUAUAAUGAAAAUGUGUAUGAUCUGCUUAAACCAUCUUCUACUCCACUCCAACUUCGGGAAGACUCAAAAUAUGGGGUGAUGGUAGCUGGUCUCAGCCUUCAUUCUAUUAAAACAGCUAGAGAGCUUCUUAACAUGCUUGAAGAUGGAAAUAAAAACAGAACACAACAUCCUACUGAUGCUAAUGCCGAAAGCUCUAGGAGUCAUGCUGUGUUUCAGGUGUAUGUUAAAAUGCAGUAUAAGAUUAGCAGCCAGCUGCGUAUGGUAAAAUUGUCUAUGAUAGAUCUUGCUGGUAGUGAGCGCGCCUCAGCUACUGGUUGUAAAGGAGCCCGGUUCAAAGAAGGUGCUAAUAUUAAUAAAAGUCUCUUGUCACUUGGCAAUUGUAUCAACAAAUUGGCUGACGGAAGCAAUUAUAUUCCUUACAGAGAUUCAAAGUUGACUCGUCUUCUUAAAGACAGUCUAGGUGGCAACUGUAAGACAGUUAUGAUCGCUAAUGUAUCCCCAUCAUGUAUAACAUAUGAAGACACAUACAACACACUCAAAUACGCUGCAAGAGCAAAUAAAAUCCAACUAUCAGUUAAAAAGAAUAUUGUUGAUGGUGAUAUACGGGCGUCACAAUAUGUCAAGAUAAAUGAGGAGCUUAAGAAGAGAAUAAAAGAGUUGGAAGCCAAAUUAUCUCUGUCCUCUCUGAAGACUGGCAAAGAGUCUGACGGAGUUAAGGAAAAAUUGUCUCAGCAAUGGCGACAGCGCAUACAAUCAGCUGAAAGCGCACACGCUGCGAUUGAAAGUCGUCUAAUAGCAAACAUGUGCCAACAGCGCGUGCUAGCGUUACGUCAACAUUUGCGAACGCGGGCCUUCCAGCAUCUCACAGAUUUGGCUCAUCGGUGCUCCACUGAACAUAUGCAACAGAUGUGUGCAGAAGAUAUUCCUCGUCAAGAACGUGCCGCUGAAAGUUGUGUAAAGCAAUGUGCACUACUCGAUACCAAAGUACUUUCUACUUGGAGCGAAUGUAAUGAGAGCCAAAAGAAGUUGAAUUUAAUGUACAAUCAAGCUGUUGCAGACCAUCCAGAACUCAUAGACUUAGUCCAGAAACUACAGACCCAAGCCAAACUAAGAAUAGCUGAAGCCAGAGACAAUCUACGAUACAAGCUUCUAGCCAUCGAGCACCAGGAAAUUAAAUCCUUCACAGACUAUGCCAGCGAAAUGCCCAGAAUGCUGAAGAAGCUUUAUCUAACUUUAAAAGGUUAUGAUAGAGCCACUCCUGCGUUGACCAAUGAGUAUCUAGAGAUUAUGAAGAAGGCAAAGUCGGUCAAGGGUAUAGUGUGGUCCGAUGAGGUACCGGAUAACGAUGACUUAUUGAAAUUUGUGUCAUCACUAGAUUUAGAAAAGCCAAUCAGUGGUAUCAACUUUGAUGAUGAAGAGAACAUUGAAAAUAGGGAGCCGCUUCCUUCAGCAAAGAAGCGUAAAGGGUCAUUCACUAAAGACACUCCUAUGAAGAUAAAUAACGAUACAAUCAUUAUUGAUGAUUCAUUUGAGAGCAUGGAUGUGAAACAAGCCAUGAAUUCAGCGAAGAAGGUAAAAAAAGAACCGAGUCAGUCAUCAGAAGUGGAUAAUUAUAGUACUAUUGAUCCGAACUGUUUGAAUUCAACAUUUGUUAUGGCAAAUAAAAUGGACUGGAAGAAAACUGUGAAGGUGGAACCGAACAGACAACCGAUUAAAACUCUGAUGGAAAGGACGAAUACAAUCACCCGUACAAACAAUUUUAAUGACAGAGCUAAAAUAGUGAAGCCGAUAGUCGGAAAAGUAAUUCCCUUCAAACGAAACCCGGCGCCUGAAGCAGUAAGGCCUCUUGCUGGCUUCGGCUCUGGUGUCGCCAGAGAUGGGACAUCGUUGCAAAGGAAUGGUCAAGGCCAUACGGCGAAUUCAAAUGAAAAAUCAGUUGGUUUUAAAGCAGUCCGAGCGAGGCAACGAAUGCAGACUCAUCCAUACUCGAGGCCUGCCUUAAGAAAAUGAUAAAAUAAGAUAUUAUAUAGAAAAGUGUAUUUUUGUAUAGAAUUAUUUAUAGGGAUUAUAUUUUGAUGUUUUAGUACUGUUUAAUUGUUUUUUAAGUGUAUACAAAUGUGUGUCAACAAGUUAAUCAAUAAACAUUAUUAUAAAUUCCCCAAUAGAUCGGAUCAUAAACUUUUUGACACUUGAGAAGUAUAGUUUUCAUCUUUAUAUAACAGUAUUUUAGCAAGGAACAAAGUCAAUGUCUACCAAUUUUGUUCCAAGUGUUAAAGACUUAGAUUAAGACGGUACGAAGAUGAUUGUCAUUAGAAAAACGGAAUGACAGUCUGUGAUUGGACGAGAGAUGUUGACCAAUCGCAACCAAACGAAUCGUUAACGACUUUCUCAAACCGAAUUUCAAUUAAUGAAAUUAAAAUAAAUUAAACUCAGUUAUCUACCGAUUCAUGGCAUAAUAAUAUAUGAAAUGUAAUAUACUAUAAUGACACAUAAUAUAAUGACAUAUAAUAUAAUGACAUAUAAUAUAAUGACAUAUAAUAUAAUGACAUAUAAUAUACUAUGAUACCAAGUUGCGGCCGAUAUUCCCCUUUAUAUUGAAAUGUACGUUUAUUGAUUGGACACAGGCGUCUUUGCAUUAUCUUUUUGAGGAAAAGCUAAUUUUCUUUGAGUUUCAUAAGAACUUUGCAACGCCUAAUUUGCGGUUUUGCAUCGGUUUUAUUAAUAUUUUUUGACGAUAUCUUGACUAUGUAUUUAUGGACAAACACUUUUGUAUGAUAGAUCGUAUAACAGUUGCUUUGAAUAGAAUAUUUGCGGAUAAACAUGUCUACACAGCUUAGACACAUUUGUAAAAUUAAAGCGUAAAUAGCUUCAUUAAUUAAAUAUGAAAAAAAUGUUGAGUCACGCGUUUAUACAAACCCGACAAUUAUAGUUCAAUAGUAAAAUUAUUGGUCGGUUUUCUUUUCAAACCAGUCUCUGCCCUCUGGUAACGCUCGUAGUAGCGACUUAGCUCUAAGUAUGACUUCUAUACGUCAAAUAUACUUUUGACACUAGGGAGUUCUAUUUACAUCAGUCUAGAAAUUCUAAACCUCCCUUGUAGUAAAACUUUAUGAAAAUAUGGUAUCGGCUGUAUACUACAUACUUUUAAGGCAUUGACGCAUUUCUUGACAAAAUUAAUCUUGCCCAUAACUUGGUCUUAUAAAUUAUUUUGUUGUGUGUGUGUGUGUGUGCGCGCUACGGUGUUUAGCUUUAAAGUAUUUAUACUAAUGUAAUGCAGUGUUUGUAUUUUAUAUAUAGGUUUUUUGUAAUAUUUUUUAAUAUUAAGAGUUCAUUACAGAAACGAAAUUCGCACUUGAGCAGGCACUAGUGUGCAAGCAUGAUGCAUGGUUAGCGCCGCCAUGUAUACGUUUCUUUAAUGAGCCGGGUUAAAUAAUUUAUUGAUAUAGUAUAAUAUUGUAGAAGUUUAAGAAUUUUGUAAUUUGGUGCCAAUUAUAGUUUAUGCUAAUUUUUCAAUAAUUGUGAUGCGUUUUAAAUUAAGAAUUAUAUUUGAAUUAUAUUAAUGUUUCUGAAUAAAUAGAUUAUGAUUGA